AUUGUGUUGUGACUGUUGUGUCCUUCCACUGGGCUUACAAAUAGUAAGACUUCUGGAUUUAUUAAGAAAAAUGCCAAGGAAGAGAAAAACUGACAUUAACAGUGCUGCAUCAAAGUCAGAGGAGGGUAGUGUCCCCUUUAAGAAGUAUAUGAAUGAAUCAAGGGAGAAAAGUGAGCCCAGUGGAGAGGAUGAGCUCCCCUUAUCUCAGGACUCGGUCAUGUCUGAAGACGAUCUGAACUACGGAAAUUGUUUUGAUGUUCUAACGUUAGAGGGAUUUACAGAUGUAGCUGAAGUGUUACAAGGAGAGGGUGUGACCAGUGAGGUAUUGGACAUGGUGACUGAAGAACAGCUGGAACGGCUAGGGAUCAGCCCUUUGGGAAGGAGACUUAAAGCCUUAAAAUUACUGAGGGAAAUUACUGGAAAACUUUACACUUACAAGAUUGUGAAUGAUCCAAUCCAUGGCCAUAUUGAGAUUCACCCUCUGUGUGUGAAAAUAAUCGACACCCCACAAUUUCAGAGACUGCGAUUUCUGAGACAACUGGGUGGAAGUUAUUUUGUGUAUCCUGGAGCAUCUCACAACAGAUUUGAACAUUCCUUGGGAGUGUGUUAUCUGGCAGGAGAGCUGGCGUCCACCCUGAGAAAGCGACAACCAGAACUUGGAAUCUCAAACAAUGACAUCUUAUGUGUCCAGAUAGCAGGACUCUGUCAUGACCUUGGACAUGGUCCUUUUUCACAUAUGUUUGAUGGAAAGUUUCUGCCAGUGGCUAGGCCAGAUAAGAAAAUCAAGCAUGAAGACCUGUCUGUGAAGAUGUUUGAUCAUCUAGUGGAGAGUAAUGAUUUGAACUCUGUAUUUGAGAAAUAUGGUGUAACAGAACAAGACAGGACUUUUAUUAAGGAGCAGAUAGCUGGACCUCUUAAACUCAAGUCUAAGGAAUGGCCAUAUCAUGGAAGAAGUAAGGAAAAGGGAUUUUUAUAUGAGAUUGUAGCCAACAAGAGAAAUGGAAUUGAUGUGGAUAAGUGGGACUAUUUUGCUCGGGAUUGUCACAUGCUAGGGAUCAGGAACAACUUUGACCACAUCAGAUGUAUGAAAUAUGCACGUGUUUUGAGUGUCAAUGGUGAACUACAAAUAUGUUCUCGAGACAAGGAGGUUGGGAACCUGUAUGACAUGUUUCAUACCAGGAACACUCUCCACAGAAGAGCAUACCAACACAGUGUUGGAAACAUCAUCGAGACCAUGAUUACAGAAGCAAUGUUGAAGGCAGAUGACAUCAUCAAGAUUCCUGGCAAGAAUGGAGAGUUGCGGAAAAUGUCUGAGUCAGUAGAUGAUAUGGAGGCAUACCAGAAACUGGCAGAUGAUAUAUUCCAGAAGAUUUUGUGGUCUACAGAUCCCCUGCUUGAGGAGUCAAGGAAAAUUCUGAUGAAUGUCCAAAAAAGAGAGCUGUACAAGUGUGUUGGACAGACUCGUCCCCCACAAGGGAAAACUCUGGAUCAAAAGUCUGGGCUAGACCAAAUUAAAGAUGAAUUUGUUGACAUCUUAAAAAGCAUGGACAGUCAUCUUCAAAAAGAGGAUAUUAUUAUACAUUUGGUAUAUCUGGACUACGGCAUGAAGGAUGAGAAUCCAAUAGAUCAUGUUCGCUUUUACAAUAAGAAAGAUCCCGCAGAGCCAAUCCAAGUCAGAAAGAAUGAGGUGUCAGACUUGCUUCCAGAGAGGUUUGCAGAACAGUUGAUCAGAUUCUACUCUAAGAAGAGAGAUGAUGAGAGUGUUAAGCAGGCCACUCAGGCAUUUAAUGUAUGGAGUAAAAAACACCAGUGUUCAGUGGGUGCUAACAAUCUAUUGCCAUACAUGACACCAGUAAAGUCUGAUUCCACAACACCUGACGGUGCAGAUGACGGAACUCCAAGUUCUUCUGGGAUUCUAGCCAAUCAGAGCACUCCAGGGUCUGCCAGCAAAUUCAAGUCUCGCCUCUCUUUCAACUGAGGUUUUUGUAUAAAAUGCCUUAUAACACCUGUCUCACUCCUAGAAUUGAUUUUUUUUCAAGAGCUCCUUUUAAGAUUGAUAGGAGAGGUUCUUGACAAAUUAAAAUUGUUAAUGUAUUCAACAUAAUUUAAUUCUGCUGAAUUUAUUAUUUUUUUCAAUCACAUUUUAUUUGAACAUGCUUUAUAUUUUAAUUGAAACCAAAUGCAUACUUGAAAAUUAGGAGACUCAUACAAUGAACUUGUAACAGUGAUAUGUACCUGUGUCUGUAAGGCACACGAGUAGCAAUCAUUUUACUGAAAAUGUAAAAUCUAGUUCAGCCAUUCUACAAAGGUUGCAGUAUAUUUUAUUUUAUUUUAGGUCUAUAUAUGAAAAAGAUUUAAAUCUUAAGGUUUACUGGUUACUGUGAUUUUGUUACUUCCUGGCAAAUGAAGUUUCAAUGUGUUGUUGUUGUUGGGGGUUUUUUUAGCUUUAUUUUAUUCCAGCUACACUGCUGAACUUUAUCUUUUACCAUGAUUUUAAAACCAAUUUUGUUGUUCAGAAGGAUAAAAA